AUGGCCAGCAGCGGCGGUGGCGGGGGGAGCGGCGGGAGCGGCGGAGGCAGUGCGCGGUCCGUGCGGGAGCUGAAGAGCAUGUUCGGCAAGGCCGCCGCCGCGCCGUCCGCCGCCGCCUACGUCAGCAAGCUGCAGGCCGUCACGGCUAGGGACCAGCCCUCCGGACAAGUCGGCGGGAAACAGGCGGAGGAUUCCCCGCUUUCCGCCGCGCAGCAGGCGCUCCGCUCCCCCUCCCCGCUGGCGCUUCCCGUCCAGCGGGACAAGGGGAAUCCUCCCAGCGGCGCACUUCCGCCGAACGCGCGUUCCGCGUCUCCUUCCCCCGUCCCCGCGCGCACCAUUCUCACCACCCCCGGGCAGGCCGCGCCCCGCCCUUCCCAUUCCGCACAACCUGACGUCAGCAAGGCUGCAGCCGGUGCAGACGAGCGGGGGGGCGGCGGAGGGGCAGGGGGGAGGGAGCAGGGGACGGCGAGUCAUGCGGCUGCGGCGCACACGCAGGUAUUGAUGGGAAGAAUACUCGGGAGAAUCCUUUUUAGCAGGCAGAGUGGGAAACCGCCCGUGUCUUUGCUCGCAUCACGCUCGUUGCUCUCUGAACCCCGCACCCCCACCUUUCUGCACCAGCUGAGCGCGGAGCAGGCGGGGCGGUUGAAGCAGGUAGAGGAGAGCCUCGAGGCGACCAACUACGAGCUGACCCCCUGCCCAUUCCGCCUCACAGCUCCUCUUCCGACUCUUCUCCCUUCCCCCCCUCCAACCACCACCCGCGCCCCUUCCCGCCACCAGCUGAGCGCGGAGCAGGCGGGGCGGCUGAAGCAGGUGGAGGAGAGUCUCGAGGCGACCAACUAUGAGCUGGCGGCGCUGCGGGCGAAGCACAACGAGAAGACGGCGCGACUCAAAGCGCUGCAGGAGAGCAACGUGACUCUGGAGCACAAGGCCAAGGGGCUGCAGGCAACGUUAACGGCAGCAGAAGCAGAGAUCGCUGGGUUCGAGGAGGAGAAGGAGGCGCUGCGGCGACGCGUGGAGGAGGAGGAGGCGGUGAAGCGAGAGGCAGCCGUGCGGAGCGCCUUGGAGCGGCAGCAGGAGGAGCGAAUCGCCCCGCUGCAGUCUGCACUACAGACGCUGGAUGCCGCCCAUGAGGGGGCGAUGAAGGAGCUGGUGCUGCUAAGAGAGUCCUUUAAAGCGGCGGUGGAAGAGGGUAAGUAUUUAAGAGCUAGGCAGGCAGAGGGAGAGGUGCAAGUGGUUGAGCUUAGGGCCAUGCAGGAGGUGGUUUUGGGGGAUUUGGAUUCACUGAGAGGUCGGCAUGAGAGUGUGUGUAAGGAGCUUGAGGAGGAGAAGGAGGCGAGGGAGAGGGAGAGGAAGGAAGGGAAGGAGGCGAGGGAGCGGGCGGAGAGGUUAGACAUGGAGAAAGCGAAGUGGGGGGGGAAGAUGGAGGAGGAGAAGAGGAUGAGGGAGGAACUGGAGGGGGAGGUGGAGAGAGAGAGGAGGGAGCGAGCAGAGGUAGAGGGGAGGUUGGAGGCAGUACGGGAGGAGAGAGAGGCGGAGAAGAAGGCUAGGGAGGAGGUGCAGGGUGUGUGUGAGGGACUGAAGAAGGAUGUAGAGCGGUUGGAGGGAGAAGCGGAGGCGUUGAAAGCAGGGAGGGACGAGACUGGACGGCUGUUGGCAGGGGCAGAGGCGGAGAGGGAGGAGGAGGCGAAGAUAGCCAAGAGAGUGAGGGAGGAGAAGGAAGAGAAGGAGAAACAGCUGGGAGAGUUGAGAGAAGAGCAUGGGAGAACGCAGGGGGAGCUGGAGGCACUGCGGGUGCAGUAUAGGAGCAAGGAGGUUGCGUUUGAUACGUUGGUGGUGAGUCAUGGAGCCAUGGGCGCUGCUGUGGAGGCUAUGAGAGGCGAGAUGGAGGAGAAGGCUCGGCAGGCGGAGGUCUCUGCGAAGGCUGCGGACGAGGCUCGGCAGCAGAUGCUGGAGGCUCGGGAGGAGCUUGGGAAGGUGCAGGGGGAACUGGAGAAGGUGGUAAGUGAGGUGGAGAGAGUGAGGGAGGAGGGGAGGGAGAGGGAGAGGGAGAUGGGGGAGAUGAAGGAGAGGCAUGAGAGGGAGGUGGCUGAGAGGGAAGAAGAGGUGGAGAGACAGCUGGGUGCGUUGAGGAGUGAGUUGGAGGAGAGUAGGAAGAAAAGAGAGGAGGCUGAGACGCGGGAGGGGGAAGUGAGAAAGGCAAGGGAGGAGGUGGAGAGGGCGAGGGAGGAGGAGGAGAGGGAGAGGAGGAAAGCAGAGGAGGAGGUGAGGAGGUUGGAGGAGGAGGUGGAGAGGGAGAGGGAGGAGCGGAGGAGUGAGGUGGAGGAGUUGAGGGGAGCACAGGAGCAGCUGGAGGAGAAGAGAGGGGAGGCUGAGGGUGAAGUGAAGAGGAUGACUGAGGAGGUUGAGAGGGUGAAGGGGGAGUGUGAGGAGAGGAGGAAAGAGGGUGAAGAGAGGAGCAGGGAAGUGGAGGAGAAGUGUGAGGAAGUGAGGGUGGUGAAGGUGAGAGGGGAGAGGGAGGAGGCGAGGAAGAGAGAGGAGGAGCUGAGAGGACAGCUGGAAGCAGCAAAGGUGGAAGCUUCCAGGAAGGAGGCGGAGCUGCUGGUGCGAGUGGAAGAGGCAGGGAAGGGGAGAGAGGCGGCAGAGAGGGAUGGGGAGGAGAGGGGGAUGGAGAGGGAUGAGAUUAAGGAGGCUCUGUGGGUGGAGAAGGGGAAGGUGGAGGUGGGGGAGGAGAGAGUGAGGGGGUUAGAGAGGGAGAUGGAGGAGGUGAGGAAGGGGAGGGAAGAGAUGGGCGAGAGGGUGGGGCAGCUGGAGAAGCGAUUGGAGGAGGCUGCUGAGGUGGACUCAAAGGGGGUUGAGCUGGAUGGGGUGAGGAAAGAGUUGGAGAAGGAGAAAGAGCAGCACAGAGAGACACGGAAGGGCCUGGAGGGGAUAAGAGAAGAACACAGGGAGGCAAAGGAGGAAGUAGCGAGGCUUAAGGAGCAGCUUGCAGGGAUCGGGGGCGAGAAGAAGGCUUUAGGAAACGCACACACGAAGCUAGAGGAGGAGGUGAAGGAACUGCGUGGAAGGUGGGAGGAGGUGAUGAGGGAGAGGGAGGAGGAGAGGGUCAAACAUGCCGGUGUGGUGGUGCGGUUGGAGGGGGUGCAGAGGGAUGUGGAGGAGGCGCGAGGGAGAGAGGAGGAGAAGAAGAGAGAGGUGGAGGGGUUGCAAGAGAGAGUGAGUGAGGCAGAGAGGGAGGUUGUCGGAUGGAAGGGGAAGUGUACUGAGCUGGAAGAGGGGAUGAGCCGGGUCAGUGCCAAGCUGGCAAAGGUAGAGGCUGAGCUGGCAGCUUCGCUGGCGGCUGCUCAAUUGGCAACUGUAGAGGUGGCGGGGGUGAGGGAAGAGGCCAGGUUGGCUCGGUCCGAGGCUGAUCAGCUUCGGGAAGAAGUGGCUCGGCAGACAGCCAAGGCUGAGGCUCGGGAAGAGGCGCAGAGGGUUUGGGAGGAGAAGCAUAGGGAGGCAGUGGCAGAAGGAGAGGUGAGGAAGCAGGAAGCAGAGAAGGUGGCUGCUGACGCAGACAAGAUGCAAGCUGAGCUGGCGGUGAUGAUGGGUGAGGUGGCAGCUGUGUCAGCCGCGCUGUCAGCUGCAAAGGCUGAGAGUGAGGCGGCAAGGAAAAAGCAGGAGGCGGCGGAGAGGGAGGUGCAAGUGGUGCAGGUACAACUGAGAGAUGCUCAGAGGGAAUUGGAGGAGGCGAAGCGAGGGGUGGUGGAGGCUAGGAGCGUGGGGGACGGGGAAAAGGGACGAGCAGAAACAGCCAUGAGGCAAGCUGCAGAGGCGUGGGAGGAGGUGGGGCGGUGGAAGGGAGAGGCCGAGCGGAGCAAAACCGAUGUUGAGUUGCUAGAGAGGGAGGUGAAGGGGAGGGAGGGGCGGAUUGAGGAGCUUAGGAGGGAGGUGAGAGAGAGGGAGAGUGAGGUGGUGGAGUUGCAGCAGGAGAUGGAGAGAGUGAGAAAGGAGAUGGAAGAAGUGAGUGUGAGAGAGGAGGAGUUGGCCGCGACAGUGAAUAGGGUGAUUGGGGAGGAGCAGGGGAAGGUGGCUGCGGCUGAAGAGAGAGUGAGGGAGGUGGGAGGGGAGAAAGAGAAGAUGGAGGAGAGAGUGAGAGAGGCUGUUGGGGAAAAGGAGAAGCUUGAGGAGAGAGUGAGGGAGGUGGAGGGGGAAGUGGAGAGAGUGAAGGGGGAGAGGGUGAGGAUGGAAGAGGAGGUGGUGAGUGUGAGGGAGAGAGCAGGGGAGGUGGAGAGGGAAGUGGAAGAGUUGAGAAAGGAGAGGGAUGAGCGGAGCAAAGAAGUUGACGAGUUAAAUGCCAGCCUGGCAGCGCUCCGUGCUGAGCUGGCAUUCGUCCUAUCCGAGCUGGAAAGCCGGAAUGCUGAGGUGGAAAAGGUGCGAUCUGAUCUGGCAGCAGCAACCGGAGAUUUGGAGAAGGAAAAGGCAGCAGGGGCAGUGGUAGCAGCAGAGAUGGAGGGACUGAAAUCCCUGCAUGCUCUGCUGCAGGAGGAACAUGGGCGAGUGGUAUCAGAGCAGGAUCGGCUGGUGGGGGCGUACGAGAGGGAAGUGCAGGAGAAGGACGAGGUGAAGGCAGAAAAAGCAGCACUCGCUGCUAAGGUUGCCGAGGCAGAGGUACGGACCGAAGCUGUGAAGGAGGAACUGGCUCGGGCGGUUGCCGAGGCUGAGGAGGCUCGGGAAAAGGUGAAGGCUGAAGCUGAGGAGGCUCGGCAGGAGCUGGUUCGGAGGGAGGAGGAGGUGCGGGUGUUGAGGGAGCAGAAGAAAGAGGAGGUUGAAACGUUGAAGCAGCAGCAGCAAGAGCAGCAGCAAAUGCAGCAGCAGGAGCAGGAGAAAGAGAUUCAAGCGUUGAAAAAGGAGGUGGAGGAGUUGAAGCAGCACCAGGCUGUGGGUGUGGAGGAUGUAAACAUGUGGAAGACAGCUAAUGAAGUGCAAGUUGCUGAGCUGGCAACAGUCAAGGCUGAGCUGGAAACUGCCCAUGCUGCGCUGGCAGAAAUGAAGAUUGAGCGCGAGAGUAAAGAGCGUGAGCUGGCAGCAGCUGCUGACGAAGCAAAGGCGAAAGAAGAAGCUGUGAACGAGAAAGAGGAGAUAUGUAGCAAGCUGACAAAUGAGCUGGAAUCGCUGAAAUCUGAGCUGGAAAUUCGUAACGCUGAGCUGGCAGCGCUGACGGUGAAGGAUGAGGGGAUAGCAGCUGCAAUGAGGGAGCAGAUGCAGGCUCGGAGUGAGGCGGAGGGGCAGGUGAAAGAAGCUCAAAAGGAGGUGCAGCUGGUGCAGGCUCAGCUGGGGGAGGUGCGAUCUGAGUGUGAGGGGCUGAGGGGUGAGAAGGAGAGGCUUGAGAGAGAGGUGGAGGAGGGGAGGAGGGAGGUCGCUGAGAAGGAAAAAGAGGCUGACAGGAUGGUGGGGGAGGUGGAGAGAGGGAGGACUGAGGCUGCAAAGGCGGAGGGGAGGGCAGAGGUGCUGCAAGGGAUGGUGGCUGCACUGACAGUAGAGCUAGGUGCUCUGAGGAAGGAGCUUCAGGAGGAACGAGAAAAAGCAUCUGAUCGUGUUGCUGUUGCUGCUGCUGCUGCUGCUGCUGCUGAUGUGGCGUCGGCAGCUGCGGUGUCAGAGUCGCUGCGUGCCAGGCUGGCAGCGGCGGAGGAGAGAGAGAAGGAGCUGGAGCGGAGGGUGGAGGAGAGGGAGCAGCAGGUGGUGCGGGGCGUGGGGGAGGGGGAGGCGAAGGCAGGAGCAGCAGUGAGAGCAGCAGAGGAGAGAGCCAAGGAGCUGCAGCGGCAGUUGAGAGAGGAGGAGACGAAGGUGGCAGCAGCGGUGGCAGGGGCGGAUACAGCUGCAGCUGAGGUGGAAAGGUUGAAAGCAGAGGUUGGGGAAGUGAGAGGUGCAGUGGAAGCAGCAGAGGCGAAGUUGAGAAGCUGCGAGGCGAGGUGGAGCGAGCAGAGGAGGAAGGUGAGCUGUUAA